GUAGGCGGUAGAUGAGAGAGCUGGCGCAGCUGCCGUGGUGGCAGCGGCUGAAGUGGCGGCAGCAGCGGCAGUGGUGGUGGCUGCAACAUCUUCAGGCUCGGGGUCUCGACGGCAGCGCCACCAGCAGACUGGGCUGCACGGUGCCGAGCCCGGCGCGCGGUCCGGGUUGCAGGGGCGAGUAAGAUGCCUCAGAUGGAGGAGUUUCUGAGAAGCACCUGUAGGCCAGUGGCUUUGAAAGGCAGCUUAAAGCAGAGACUAUUUGCAGCCCUGAACAUCACAUCCUGAGGCCCACAGGAGAGAAGAACAUGGCCAUGAAUUUAGACGACGACGUUCCCCUCAUCUUGACCUUGGACGAGGGUGGCAGUGGCCCACUGGCUCCCUCCAAUGGCCUGGGCGAAGAGGAGCUGCCUAGCAGAAAUGGGGGCAGCUGUGCCGUCCACGACUUCCGGGACCCCAGCCUGAGCUCGGAGGGCGAGGGCUUCCCGUCCAGCCCCCCCGGACACAACUGGGAGAUGAAUUACCAAGAGGCAGCGAUCUACCUCCAGGAAGGUGAGAAUAACGACAAGUUCUUCACCCACCCCAAGAACGCCAGAGCGCUGGCGGCCUACCUCUUCGCGCACAACCACCUCUUCUACCUGAUGGAGCUGUCCACGGCCCUGCUCCUGCUGCUGCUGUCCCUGUGCGAGGCCCCCGCCGUCCCCGCGCUCCGGCUCGGCAUCUACGUCCACGCGACCCUGGAGCUGCUCGCCCUGAUGGUGGUUGUCUUUGAACUUUGCAUGAAGCUGCGGUGGCUGGGCCUCCACACCUUCAUCCGGCACAGACGGACUAUGGUCAAGACCUCAGUGCUGGUGGUGCAGUUCGUCGAGGCCAUCGUGGUGCUGGUGCGGCAGACGUCCCACGUGCGGGUGACCAGGGCGCUGCGCUGCAUUUUCCUGGUGGACUGUCGGUACUGCGGCGGUGUCCGGCGCAACCUGCGGCAGAUCUUCCAGUCCCUGCCGCCCUUCAUGGACAUCCUCCUGCUGCUGCUCUUCUUCAUGAUCAUUUUCGCCAUCCUCGGUUUCUACUUGUUCUCCCCUAAUCCUUCAGACCCCUACUUCAGCACCCUGGAGAGCAGCAUCGUCAGCCUGUUCGUGCUUCUGACCACCGCCAAUUUCCCAGACGUGAUGAUGCCUUCCUACUCCCGGAACCCCUGGUCCUGUGUCUUCUUCAUCGUGUACCUCUCCAUCGAGCUGUACUUCAUCAUGAACCUGCUUCUGGCCGUGGUGUUCGACACCUUCAAUGACAUCGAGAAACGCAAGUUCAAGUCUUUGCUGUUGCAUAAGCGAACCGCCAUCCAGCACGCCUACCGCCUGCUCAUCAGCCAGAGGAGGCCCGCUGGCAUCUCCUACAGGCAGUUUGAGGGCCUGAUGCGCUUCUACAAGCCCCGGAUGAGUGCUGGGGAGCGCUAUCUCACUUUCAAGGCCCUGAACCAGAGCAACACGCCUCUGCUGAGCCUGAAGGACUUCUACGAUAUCUAUGAAGUCGCUGCCUUGAAGUGGAAGGCAAAGAGAAACAGAGAACACUGGUUUGAUGAGCUUCCUAGGACGGCGUUCCUCAUCUUCAAAGGAAUCAAUAUCCUCGUGAAGUCCAAGGCCUUUCAGUAUUUCAUGUACUUGGUGGUGGCCGUCAACGGCGUCUGGGUCCUCGCGGAGACCUUCAUGCUGAAAGGCGGGAACUUCUUCUCCAAGCACGUGCCCUGGAGCUACCUCGUCUUCCUGACUAUCUACGGGGUGGAGCUGUUCCUGAAGGUCGCCGGCCUGGGCCCCGUUGAGUACCUGUCCUCCGGGUGGAAUCUGUUCGACUUCUUCGUCACGGCGUUCGCCUUCCUGGGACUGCUGGCUCUGGCCUUCAACAUGGAGCCCUUCUACUUCAUAGUGGUUCUGCGUCCUCUCCAGCUGCUGAGGCUGUUCAAGCUGAAGAAGCGUUACCGCAACGUGCUGGACACCAUGUUCGAGCUGCUGCCCCGCAUGGCCAGCCUGGGCCUCACCCUGCUCAUCUUCUACUACUCCUUUGCCAUCGUGGGCAUGGAAUUCUUCUGCGGCAUCCUCUACCCCAACUGCUGCAAUACAAGCACAGUGGCGGACGCCUACCGCUGGCUCAACCGCACCGUGGGCAACAGGACUGUCGUGGAGGAGGGCUACUAUUAUCUCAAUAAUUUUGACAACAUCCUGAACAGCUUUGUGACCUUGUUCGAGCUCACAGUUGUCAACAACUGGUACAUCAUCAUGGAAGGCGUCACCUCGCAGACCACCCACUGGAGCCGCCUCUACUUCAUGACCUUUUACAUCGUGACCAUGGUGGUGAUGACUAUCAUCGUAGCCUUCAUCCUCGAGGCCUUUGUCUUCCGAAUGAACUUCAGCCGCAAGAACCAGGACUCAGAAGUGGACGGCGGCAUCACCGUGGAGAAGGAGAUGUCCAAGGACGAGCUGCUGGCGGUGCUCAAGCUGUACCGGGAGGUGCGGGGAGCCGCUUCGGAUGUCACCUGGCUGCUCAAGAUCCUCUCGCAGAUGGAGAGAAACGAGCAAAACGCCGUGGUGUUUCUGGGACGCAGAUCGAGGACCAAGAGCGACCUGAGCCUGAAGAUGUACCAAGAGGAGAUUCAGGAGUGGUACGAGGAGCACGCCCGGAAGCAGGAGGAGCAGCAGCGACAGCUGGACGGCAGCAGCGUCCCCGCCGCCCAGCAGCCCCUGGGCAGCCGCCAGCGCUCGCAGACCAUCACGUAACCCCGGCGCGCAUACGCAAGCCGUCUCUUCUAUGCAAUCACACAAUAGUAUUAUGUUACUACGACGUAUCAGAAUGUGUGUGUACGCACAUAUGCACAUGUUCACAUAUAUGCACCUAUUUAUAUAGAGAAGAAGGAAGACAGGCGUUGUCCUUAACCCCAGGAGCCAGUGUGCUUGGGGCGGGGGGCCGUCCAGCCCCUAGGAGCCCUUUCUAGCACAGAAAGCUCCGGAAGGCGCUUUCACAAGAGGACCGCUGGGAUCGAUCCUGCCCAUCUCUGCAGGGCCCGGCUUUAACGCUUCAGCGCGGGCCAGCCCUCCCUAGGCCACGCCCACGCCACUGACAGCUUCCCCACUAACUCCCCCCGUGCCCACGUCACGGGUCUCUGUGUCUUGCUUUAGGGACAGAACCACUUAUGAAGGAAAGAACCCACACCCUUGGGGUUCGUAUUUCUAUAUAUAUAUGAUAAUACCAUCGAGCGUCCCCUUGGGGGACCUGGGCCUCAGCCCUAGCGGAAAGAGGAACCGAGGGGUGUUAUUCUUGCACGCGGGCAGACCCCCGCCAGGCCUGGGCAGCAGAGACGGCGCGGACACAGUCCGAGCCCUGGCUCUGUCGGCCUCUGCGCACGCCCCUUCUGGUUUGGUUGCAGUGCUUGUUGCCGACAGCCCUACCGUGGCCUCGUUUGGAAUCCGGGCCCAGCAGCAGCAGGAAGGCAGCCAGGGGCCGGCCCACAGCUGCCACCCAGACCGACUCCCGGAACGGGCUUUCUCCACGAAAUCCCGUCUCCUGCUUGCGACUGUCCUGUCCAAGCAACGAGGCCUGUCGGUUAACUCGGGGCUCUGCUGAAGCCAGCGCAGAUGCUUCACCCGACGAGCGUUGGGUUCCACUGCUGGGAACAGAGAGAAGGGCACAGACGCCCCCACGGGGCGUCUGCAGCGGCCCUGUGGCUGAACCUGUGGGGCCACUUUGCCCCUCGCCCCAGGGCGUCCCUGGGAGGAGUGGUCGGCACAGCCCCCCCCAGUGCCCCUGGCACCUGGGAGUUCUCUGAGAUCAGUGUGGUCGGGUAGGACUGACACUCGAACCCAGAGCAGGCCGUCGGGGGUGGCCACUCUGGGGAACAUGGUGGUGGUGCCACAGGCAGGGUCAGUGGAAGGGGCAGGGGCAGCCCCCACCGCCUCCCAUGACUGAGGACGGCAGGUGAGCAGAGGUUCUGAUGCCAGGUCCUCUCCCCAGCAGGGCAGGGCCCCACCCCGGGGGUGUAAUACCCAGCUGACCACUCCCUGGCCAUCUCCAAGGCCAAGCCUGACCCCCGCAGCCAACGCUGCGCAGCUCUGCCCCUCCCCGGGGUGGUGGGGAGAAGGGUGGGCGUUGUCGUUCUCACAGCACAGCCCUUCGGGGAAACGAGGAAUCGCUGAGGUUCCCGUGGGGGUCAAGAGGCUGACGCCGUCUCUGGAGGACCACAGCCAUGGCGGGCAGCUCGGCGGCGCCGAGCCCCGGCUGGAACCGGGUCCCCUGCCCCAAGGAGGAGCUUCAUUUGCAUACCGGGUGCCUUGCAGCUUUUGCGCACUGAAAUGGGCCUUUGGGAGGGGGGGUCGAGGGGCAGCCUCUGCAGGAGGGCAGGAGGCCCCCAGCCUGAGCCUCUGAGGCCUCGUUCUAGCCCCGUCUUCCGCCCCAGGGGCUGCAAACCUAGGAGGGGCACCAGGGCGUUGAGGCCCCCCAGUGUGAGGGCCGGUACCAGGAAGGGGGGCUUUAGGCCAGUCCCCCUGACCCUGUCCUGAGCUUUAGCUCAGAGGGGAUGAAGUCCGAGGGCCAAUAGUGCUGACGGGCCUUCAUCACUAAGGCUAAGGACAGCUUUGCACAUAGGUUCAUGGAGCGGGGAGCGGGUGUCACCCAGGGCCGUGAGCUCUGAGGGACCCAGGACGUCAUCCAGCUCAGAGGGCCCCGUUCCUGUGUCAGCUGAGUGAGACCAGGCUGACUUGCCCUGGGUCGAGCAACCCGUCAGUGGCCCUGACGGCCCUGUACCCCCACCCUGCUUCAGGUGGGAUGCCAUCCAGCUCCCCCCCGUGCCCCUCCCCCCCCCCAGCCUUACUCCACACCACGUGACAAUCAUUUUGUACGGAUAGCGGGAACAACCCUGAGGUUUUGUACAUUGGCGAUUUGUUUCCUAGAAAACCCACUGUGUGUCGGACUUCUGGCAUAUUAAUAAAAGCGCCUCUGCUUUGUA